AUGGAAAUGGCAAGACUAAUUGCAACGACAACGUUUUCUUUUUACUUUCUUCUCUUACAAUCUUCUUCAAACCUCGCACUCUCUCAAUCACUCAUCAACUUUCUUCCAGGAUUCGAGGGGCCCCUUCCUUUUGAACUUGAAACUGGGUAUGUCGGUGUUGGUGAGUCAGAAGAGGUACAGCUCUUCUAUUACUUCGUUAAGUCGGAGAGAAAUCCUACGGACGAUCCCCUUUUGCUUUGGCUAACAGGAGGUCCUGGUUGCUCUGGAUUCACAGCUUUUGCUUAUGAAAUUGGUCCUGUAAACUUCAAGGUGUUGGAGUACAACGGGAGCUUGCCUACUUUGGUCUUAAAUCCAUACUCAUGGACAAAGGUGGCCAAUAUAUUAUUUGUGGAUUCACCUGUUGGCACUGGAUUUUCCUAUGCAAAAACUUCACUCGCGUCUCUAACAGGUGACUUCAAGCAAGUUCACCAGCUCUGCCAAUUUCUUAGAAAGUGGUUGGUGGAUCAUCCUGAGUUCCUCUCUAGCCCAUUCUACAUUGGAGGGGAUUCAUACUCCGGCUUAACUGUUCCAGCACUUGUUCAACAGAUUUCGAAUGAAAAUGAGGAAGAUAUCCAGCCACCGAUAAAUCUCCAGGGAUACAUUCUAGGGAACCCGUUAACAGAGCCAAUUAUUGAACAGAACACAGUGAUCCCAUUUGCUCAUGGAAUGGGGCUUAUUUCUGAUGAACUCUAUGAUUCACUGAAAAGAACUUGUGGAGGACAGUAUGCAAAUAUAGAUCCCAGCAAUGCAGAUUGUUUAAACAAUAUUCAGGCUUACUAUACGGCCAUUUCAGGAAUUCAAACAGCGCAUAUUUUGGAACCCAUUUGUGGAUUUGCCUCCCCAAAACCACAAGAGUUUCUUAUUGGUUAUAGAAGAUCUCUCAAUCAGCAUCCUCAUCAAGAGAUCCUCGAUCCUGAACCGUUUCCUCCUCCUUUCAUUGGCUGUCGCAGUUAUGGGUAUUUGCUGUCUUCAAUUUGGGUUAAUGACAAUGAUGUCCAGAAAGCACUUAAAAUUACAAAGAAAAAUGGAGUGGGGUGGAUACGAUGCAAUUAUGGAUUACCUUACACAACUGAAAUUGGCAGCAGUUUUUCGUAUCACGUAAACCUCAGUGCCAGUGCUAAAGGCUACCGUUCUUUAAUUUACAGUGGUGAUCAUGACAUGAUUGUACCAUUCUUUGGAACACAAGCAUGGAUUAGAUCUCUUAACUACUCAAUUGUUGAUGACUGGAGGCCAUGGAUCCUCCAAAGCCAAGUUGCAGGAUAUACUAGAACUUACUCCAACCAGAUGACAUUUGCUACUGUGAAGGGCGGGGGACACACAGCUCCAGAAUACAGGCCUGCGGAAUGCUAUGCUAUGUUCAAGAGGUGGAUACUCCAUGAUCCGUUGUAGUCACCUCCAAGUUUAAAUCUUAGACCAAAAAUACCCAGUUGUUCCAAUGUCAUUGUGCUAUCAGCUCCAGCAUCUUAUGACAAAUAUUAGGAGAAAUUUAUACCUGGUAUUCUCCUUAUAAAAAUAUAAUAAAAUUGGACAUU